GAUCCUACUUGUACGUAUCGUCCGACUGUCCAAGAUUAUAGGCUUUCCGGAGAGAUUUCAGAGAGAUUCGAGAUUCAACUCGCCCCUUCCCACAAUUUCUCGAGGAUUUUCGGAGGACUCAAAGGAAUCUUGCUCCGGAAUCGGAACUUGCUCUCUCUCCGAGCUUCCGGUUGAGGGUCGCCUUCUGUUGCCGGUGUUGUCGUGCAGUGGGGAUCGGGAUUUAGAGGAGGCGUCGAGAGUUUUGGGGAUUCGAUUUUGGAUUAGCUGUCAUGAGAAUUACGGAAUUGGAGGACGGGGGAUCUGAGGAUCUUGGUGGCCGGGAACUCGUUCCGGUCAAGGCAAAGAGGGCGCUGGUAGGGGCGGGAGGUCGGAUUCUCUUUUACCCGACACUUCUCUACAAUGUCUUCCGGAACAAGAUCGAGGCCGAGUUCCGGUGGUGGGACGAAGUCGAUCAGUUUAUUUUGCUCGGUGCUGUUCCAUUCCCCAAACAUGUACCCCACCUUCAGCAACUUGGAGUUCGAGGAGUCAUCACCCUAAAUGAACCAUAUGAGACCCUGGUUCCAUCAUCCUUAUAUCAGGCUCAUGGGAUUGAUCAUCUAGUGAUUCCCACAAGAGAUUACCUUUUUGCCCCUUCACUUGUGGAUAUCAACCGAGCUGUAGAUUUCAUCCACAGGAAUGCAUCCAAUGGGAGGAUUACAUAUGUGCACUGUAAAGCUGGAAGAGGACGCAGCACAACCAUUGUUCUAUGCUACCUGGUGGAGUAUAAGCACAUGACACCCGCAUCUGCUUUGGAAUAUGUACGAUCAAGAAGGCCUCGAGUGCUAUUGGCUCCCUCGCAAUGGCGGGCUGUCCAGGAAUACAGCAAGCGCAAACAAGAAUUCCCUGCAAGCCAAGGUCCUAGGCCGUCAAGUUCGCUCCCAGGCGAUGAAGUUUUGAUCACUGCAGCAGAUCUAGAAGGGUAUGGUACCAUCAGUGAGGAUGCUAGCAAUGAUCCCAGCCUCUCAUUCUGUAGGCUAUCCAUACCAACAAGUCCACUCAGGGAGGAUGAAGUUUUGAUAACUGAGGCAGAUCUAGAGGGGUAUGAUACCCAUGCAGAUGCUUGUAAAGAUACAGGUGUCUCAUUAAAUGGGAUUCCUGAGACAAGGCCCAUGACAAAGCGGCUUUCUUGCCUCUUUACAUCCUUCAAGGUUUCCAGGAGUGGUCAGUCAGCUGCCAGCCGGCUUGCAGAGCUUCGCGCUUGCUAGGGAGAAGUUUACCUGUAUAUUUAUCCGAGUUUCUGUACAGAGGUUGUAGGGAAAGAGAUGAAUAUAGAGCUGGACUAUAAAUUUGCCUGAGGUCAGUAAGAUGUCCUUGAAUUGCAGAUUGACUAAAAGAAGGGUAGUGGCAACCAUUUUGUCUGGAAGUCUCUGGUUGCCCGGGUUUUUUUUGACUUUUAAAGACAAUUUCUGCAUUCUGUACCAAAAAAAAGACAAUGUUUGCGAAUAUCUUUAUUGAUUCCUUGUCGAUGUUCGACAUUUUUUCC